AUGCCGCCAAUGUUACAUGGAAGACCUCUAACAAUACCUAAUCCAUUAAGAGAUUCAGAAACUGAGUUUACUAUGAUUGGUUAUCAUUUUAAAAAUGCGAACGACUUCAAGGGUGCAUUAUGUGACUUGACCAUCAAACGUAAUUUCAACUUUCGGUUUAUAAAAAACAACAGAGAUAGAGUAACUGUGACAUGUGUUGUUGAAGAUUUUCAUUGGCGUGUUCAUGCCUCAAGAGACGGAAACCUCCCUACAUUUAGAAUCAAAACAGCACAACUGGAAAACACAUACGACAGGGACAUCAACACAACAUCUCAACCAAGAACAUCAAAGAAAUGGGUCAGUAGGAAGGUAAUAAUGAAAUUACAGGAUCGGGUUCCAUACCAAGCAGUGGAUAUACAACGAGAUAUAUUACGUGACCACAGAAUUCGUUUGCCGUACAAACAAGCCUGUAUGGGUAAAGAGUUGGCAAACGGUCUUCAUGGAUGUGAUAUGGUAAGCUAUGAUCUGUUGAUAUGGUAUACAGCCAAAGUUUUUGAAACUAACGCAAGUAGCAUCAUUAUUAUCGACACCGAUGGAGAACGAUUUAAGCGUGGGUUUUUUUUGUUUUGUUUUCAUGCUUCUCUUGAUGGUUUCAAGCUGGGUUAUAGACCUACGCUCUUUCUAGAUGGAACUCACUUGCUAGGUAAACAUGGCGGUAUCCUUUUGGGUGUAAUAGCCAAAGAUGGCAAUGAAGGAUUUUUCCAUUUAGUGUUUACUAUUGUGGAUAAUGAAACCGACGACAAUUGGAAGUAG